AUGCAUGGCAACUACAUCCGAGAGCUGCUCAGUGCCCGAGAGCUCCGACUUCACCAAGCUUAUAAAGACGGAAAGCUGCACCAUACUGUGAUGCUGUCCUGCGUCCUGCUCCUCAUCUCUGUCUCCAUCUCCGUGUCCUCAUGCUGUCGCUUGGCUCCAGUCACUGAAUGUAAGCAGCCUCCGUUCGUUCCGGGUCACAACCUGUUGGGUGAGGGCUUCGACAUUGUGCGCAUGAAGACCACAGGUGCAUAUGUGGUGGACACGCAGGGCUACAUGAUCGGUGGCCUGCACGGAAACUGCACCAUCUGCAAGAAUGUUCUGCUCAACCGAGAGGAGAAACUGCCGUCUGCUGUCACCGACUGGCGCGUGAAGGUCAACUGCAAACGCAGCGUCAGCGCCCAAGUGAUGGAGUCGAGCAUGUCCGUGCUGAAGCAGAGCACCGAAUCCACCAGUGUGAGCUGGAAGGUGGGUCUCGGUCUGCCCCAGGUGGCCGGACUAGCGGUUGGUGGCACACAGUCCAAAUCAUCCAGGUUUGCACGUUCACAUGCCUCCCAGGACAAGUUCUUCUACACCAGCCACAAGUUCUCCUGCCGCUACUACACUCUCAGAGUGAAGGUCCAUCCUCCUUUGACUAAAGAGUUCAUGCAGUCAGUGAAAUCUCUCCCUGCCUCAUAUAACGCUCAAUCUCGAUCUGCUUACCUUGACUUCCUCUCCAUCUACGGCACUCACUACCUGCGUCAGGUGAAUUUAGGUGGUCAUGUGCAGUCCACCACUGCCGUGCGCACGUGCAAAAUCUCCACGCAGGGUCUGUCAGUGCAGGACGUCAGUAACUGUCUCUCUGCUGAGGCGUCGGCCAUGAUCAAGGGCGUCCGAGUUCAAGGCCAGACGAGCUACUGCAAAAGCAAGGGCAAAAGCCUGAAGCACAAAAAUAGCUUCAGCGCCUCAUUCUCCGAACGUGCUACUGAGGUUUUGGGCGGCAAUGGAGGCAGUGCGGAUCUCCUGUUCUCUCCGGAUAAACAGCAUGGAUUCAGCAAGUGGAUGAAAACACUGAAGACCGUCCCAGGAGUCGUGUCCUUCAGACUGAGAUCUCUGCACAUGCUUGUGAAUAAAGACUUGGUCAGGAAAAAAGCUCUGAGGAAAGCCAUCAGAGAUUAUGUGAUGAAGAACGCCAUGGCCUCGUCCUGCUCCUCCAAGUGUAAAGUUGGACAUCGGAAUAAUGCCUGCACGUGCAAAUGCAGAGGACAUCAAAACAUCAACUCAAACUGCUGCCCGAGUCAUCUCGGAGUUGCAACCCUGAGCAUCAAGGUGAAGCGUGCCACCGGACUCUGGGGAGAUUACUUCUCCAAAACUGAUGGCUACGUCAAAGUGAUCUACGGGACGAGAGCAGAAACAACGCCGGUCAUAUGGAAUAACAAUUUCCCAGUGUGGAAUUAUGGAGUUCAUUUUGGCACUGUGAAUCUGGUACAGAGGAAGUCGAUACGUUUCGAGGUGUGGGAUCGUGAUAACAAGUGGGACGAUGACCUUCUGGGUCGCGCGGAGACCAUCCCUACACAAGGCGUCAACGUGGGGAAGCAGUUUGGUCUGAAACAUGGCACACUCUACGUCUCCAUCACAGCCACCUGCGGUCCAAACCUUCAGGGAAAAAUGUGUGAGCGCUACGCCCCUUCACCUGACGCCGAGCGACUGCUCACCUACCCGGAGCUGCUCCGGAACCAGCGUCACUCAUGGACUGAGGAAACCUACGGCACAGUGAGAAACGCCACCCUGCUGUAGGGAGGCGCGAUCACUUCCUUCUCAUCAGCAUGCCAUGCAG